AUGACAUUUUAUGGGGAGAAAUGGGUUUCUGACAAUUCUGUCAAUAAAUGGAGUGCCCGUUUUCGUGCAGGGCGGGAGAGUGUGGGUGAUGACCUGACACCAGGCCAGGCAAACGCUGUCACAACAAGCGAUCUCAUCAACAAGGUGGACGACCUUGUGAGAAGUGAUUGGCGUGUCACAUUGCGAAUGUUGGCGGUAAAGGUGGAUGUCAGCUAUGGAACCGUGUCAGCAAUUGUUCACAACAGGUUGCGAUAUUGGAAGGUGUGUGCCGCUUGGGUUCUGAAGCAGCUCACCGACCAGCAAAAGGAACUGCGUGUGGGACCUAGCACUGCAACAUCUGUUUCGGUAUCAGAAAGACCCCGCUUUCAUGGAGCGGAUCGUCACGAGCCAGAGACAAAGUGGGACAGCAUGCAGUGGAACCAUGCGUCGUCACGUCCCCUAAAAAGUUUAAAGCCGUGCCGUCAGCAGGCGGCAAGGUGUUGCUCACCGUCUUUUUCGACGUUCAAGUUGUCUGGAACUUCAUAUCAUUUUACCAUGAACUAUGAAUUUAGUUACUGA